AUGAUGCCAACUGGACGCUCGUCUACAGCCUCCGCACGCCUGCGUUCGAAAACAUCAGACCUCACAGAUCUCCUGCGUGGUGGUCGCUCCGAACUGAAGCAGCCAGCAAUACACUUGACGCCGUCUGUGCCUCCGCCAGCAGAACCAACCCCGCCAUCCAAGGGGAAGCGCAGGAUUGAUAUUCUAUUCCUCGGACGCAAGAGAAAAUCCAGCUCGGUGUCACCCUCGUCAUUUCGACGAUCCCAAGACAAUAGGACAGACCAGGAAGACGAUAUCCCCCCUGUGCCGAGUGUCGAUACAAGUAGGCCAUCAAACAGUAAUGCCACUGGUCGUCGGUCAUCCUCUACCCCUUCGUCUCCUCAAACAACCUCGCUCACUACAGUCGACGAAGCGCCCUCCUCUGGCACUUUUGCUCACCUUUUCACGUCAAGGAUCCCACCACGUACAGGCUCGUCUUCCCAUGCUGCGAAUACGCACAAGUCAGACUCAGCCAAGUCCAGCUCGUCCCUACCACUACCAAGCCUGCGUCAUCUGCGGCCGCAGAAAUCAACAUCAUUCGAGCACGGUAGGCGUAGCACCGACAACCGGCGAAGCAAUGAUAGUUCGCGCCAGUCUGCCGCCAGUACGCACCCCACCAUCACCAUCUCUGCGCCCCCAUCUACCGCUGGAGACGUCACACCGCGGCCUGCUCCUGCCCCUCCACCCGCCAUCGUUCCACGUACUGCUCGCCGGAACUUUGGUAUACCACGGGACUACAGGACCUCGCAGAGCUCCCCUCAGUCCAGUCCGACAUCGCCGCGCCCCAAGAUGCAAUUCACGACGCCUGCUGCCGAGUACGCUCGGUUGCAGAUGUCCCCGAAGGAGGUCAGCUUCCCUCGAAUCUCGAAAGAGCAUGCUGAAGUCGAUAGGCAGAGCGAGAGUGAGUCAGUUAAGACUAGUCUCGCAUCUUCGAAAGAUCGCGUCCACAAGCACAUAAGUGCUCUCCCGCUGUCCGCACCGAGGUACAGGGAGAAGUCAUAUACUCUGGCUAUCAGAAGGGGUUAUAUGUCCGAUUCGACUUCGGGCGCAAAUAUGUCUGAUUCGGACGCGGCACCAUCGAGCCCUACCACACCGACGCGUAGCAGGAUCCCAGCGACGGUCUCCGCGCUAAGGAGUGCCACCGGAAAGAUUCCUCCUCCACUCCUUACAACAUUUAGGAGACCCCCGAGUUCGGGUCCACCAACGGAUCCUCUACCGUCGCCUCCUCCAAGCAUAAGGAGCGGGGACGAGGCUGGCUCAUCCAUAUCUGCGCUGCCGACCAUUCCAUCCUUCCCUUCCGUCGGCGCGCGACGUUCUGCUACAUCGCUCCAGCAGAGUUACCUGCGCGAGCGCGCAAACACCAAUUGCUCUCAUACUUCGCUGUCUGCGGCGAAGGAGAAAAGUGAUACGACCGCGACCGCGCCGUCCUCUUCCACAGACUGGAGCGAGGCAGAGCGGGACGUGAACAAGCCUUUGCCGACGCCCAUUGUUGCCUUGCAGGAGAGCGGGGACGAGAGCGCUUCAGCCUUAGGCGACGUCGCCACGCCCGAGCAGCUGCGCGACGCGCUGAAUGCCCAGAGCGCGAAGUUCGCCAGGCUUUCAGCCUACCUGCUUACAGUGACGGAAAAGCACGCUGCGGAGAAGAGCGAGCUCACACGCCGCAUCGAGGUUCUCGAACGCGAAGCGCGGAAGCGCGAGCGCGAGAUUACCGGCCUGCGCUGGCUCGUCAUGAACGCGGGCCAGAAUGCUGCUGGAGAGCCUGGCGGUACUACUGCAAAGACAGCUCCUCGGAUCGACUCCGCUGCACGUUUCCGCUCGGGCUCGAAGUCAUCGCAGAAGAGUCAGGCUAGCCAUCGAAGCAGCCAUGGUGAGACGCGUGGGCCCAUGUCGGUCGACUCGCAUACGGGGAGUAUGGAAGAGGGGCUGAUCGAGCUGCAGAACUCGGUCUCUGACUUCAUCGCGCCCGCCACGAGCCCGCCUGGUACAGCGAUGGGUGCAAGUCCUAGUCCGAACCCGAGCAUCAGCGCGGUAACGGGCCGCCUGAGGCGGUCGAACACACUUCCGGAUGGGCCCGCGCAGCUGCCGGACGGCUUAUUGAAGCAGAAGCAGACGCGGCGGACAAGCUCCCCGGUCAUGCCUGCUUCCGCCAGCGUACCGGCGACUAGUGUCGGUACUAGCGCGAGCUCGAUUCCCGGAGCCGGGCUGGGGUUGGAUCUUCCGAGCAUCCCAUCUCUUCCUGGAUCUGAUUCUGGGCAGUCGUCCUUCUCUCUACCCUCGCUCACUGCUACCAACACCGCGUCCUCGGGCCUGUCUGCUAUUCCUGAAACGCCUUUAACUCCCGGUGCUACUGCUGUGGAUCCUGCUAGGGAGCGAGAGAAAAGGGCGAAGGAAGAACGGCGGGCUUCGCGCGCACUCAAGCGCAUUUCUGCGUCGACCACUUCAUCUUCAAUGUCUACCUCGACGGCGUACAGCAGCAACCUUAAGCUCGGGGCUUCUCCAUCUAUCGGACAGGUGCUUGACCGAGCAACAGAGUCGGACUCUGACAUGGAGGUCAUUUUGCGCAGACUUCAGGGCUUUAAUGGGCCCGAGUAG